AACAUUUUCAACGUGCUCAAAUCAAACCAAACAACGCGUAUUCGGACUCUCCGAAAUUAUGUUGUUUUUCUGCCCUUCGUGCGGAAACAUACUGAUCAUCGAGGAGGACACUAAUUGCCAUCGCUUCACGUGCAAUACCUGCCCCUAUAUAUCGAGGAUCAGGCGUAAGAUCUCCACCAAGACCUUUCCCCGCUUGAAGGAGGUGGACCACGUUCUGGGCGGCAAGGCGGCUUGGGAGAACGUGGACUCGACGGACGCGGAGUGUCCAACGUGCAGUCACAAGCGGGCGUACUUUAUGCAAAUCCAGACGCGGUCGGCGGAUGAGCCCAUGACCACAUUCUACAAGUGCUGCAACCACGAGUGCAACCACACCUGGCGAGACUAAUGCGCCGCCUUCAGACACAGCUGCUUCGUCU